UGUUCCCAUAGGCGAUAGCCAAGCAGUAAUUUUCCAGCCAGCACAAGAUAAGGAUUAUGAAGGAAUUUCCCCAGAAGGUUUCAGACCAAGGUUUGGAAACUUCCAUUCUUAAACUUUGCUUAAUUGAGAAUUCCAAUGAGCAUAUGCAUUCAAAAGCAAGCAAUAAAGAAAUUCUAAUUGUUUGGUUUUAUGUUCUUGAGACAAUUUCUGUAUGAUUCCAAAAUGUAUUUCAAAAGAAUCUUUAUUGCACUUAACUAAUAAUUGGCAUUUAAUGAUAAAUCACAAAAUUUGGCCUGGCCACAAAUUUCGUGUCAAGGGGAUCUAUGUGCCUUCUUUUCUUGUGGUUUACCUUCAGAGCAAAAAGUUUAUAGAAGUAUAAUUUUAAGAGCCUCUUUUAAAGUAAUGAACAACCCACAUUACCAUCUUAAUUCACAUUGCCCUUAGCAUUUACUUGUGUAAACAUGUUAGACCUCUGGCCUUCACUUUUUGUUCCUUUUUGUUGUCAUGGGUCCUGCAUUAAGACAGAGAAUUUUAACAAUAACGAUGAUGAUUAUGACAUACAGCUUUCUAUGUACCAGCUGCUUUUCUAAGUGCUUUAUUUAUAUUUAUUUAAUUCUCAUAACAAUUCUAUGAGGAAAGCAUUAGUAGCAUCUGUUUUUUACAAAUAAGCUACAGAAACAAAGAAAUUAUGUAACCUGCCUAAAUUCACACAACUCAGAAGUGGCAGAGCUGGAAUAUCAAUUUUGAAAUCUAGUUCCCAAGCACAUGCUCUAAAUCCACUGUACUUAUCUCUUGCAUUAGCUUAAUAUACACUGUUUUGUAUUAGACUACAUCAUGAUUGUUGAAGCUUCUGAUGCUCUAUUGUGAAAGACUUCUGUAAUAUCAGCAAAGAGUUUUACUUAUUUACCAUUCAUAGUUCAAAGUUGUGUUCAAAUUUAUAUCUUCUGAUCUUGGGCAGUUUUCUUUCUUUGUCUUGUACAAUCUUUCUUUUUUUGAAUUUUAGGGGUAAUUUUUUUAACCAGUACAUUUCAAGUGAUUGGUUACUUAGCUUUUGGCAGAUACUAUGACUGAUUGUCACUCCCUGCCCAAGCUCAAGAAUAUUCACUGAAGACCUACUCAGUGCUAAGCUAAAGGAUAGGCACUCAAGGUACAUAGUUAAAUGAGAAAACAUACACGAACAGAUCCUUUCCAGAUGACAUGGUAAGCGUUCUGAGUGAGGUAUGCAGAGAGCCCACUGAGUAAAGAGAUAAGGCAUGGAGUUUGGAGUGUGGUGUGUUUUGAACAAGGGGAGGAAGUGGUUUGCAAGAAGGCUAGUUUAGCCACCAGAGCCAAGAUUGUGAGCAUGAGAAUGGAGGUAACAUACAUACAGGAGCAGAAAAUUAAUUAGGCAGAAUAUUCUAAACUAGUAGCUGAAAAUAGUAGCUGAAGCCUCUUUUGAAGUUGAGAGCAAAGGUCUCUACAGGAAAGGGUACACAUAUUAAAGAUCGCUUCUCUCUGCUGAGCCUGCUUUCAUUGUUUGUGCUUUUGUUUGUUGUUUUCUUCACAGUUCCCCACUCCUCUGUUUAGGUCUUUCUGGAGCUUUAUAGAAGCAGUUGGGAAGUAGGUAUCAGCUGUAUUGGAUACUUUUUUUUUUUUUUUUUAAGGAAAAAGACUGCUCACACAAGAUAGAAACAAACUAUGUAUAAUGAGGAGUGAGUGUUCAUUCUUAAUAUUCCUAGGAUUCUUAGCUAAGGUGACUGGGUCACAAAGGAGUCAACAGAAGACCAAGAAAGGAGGUGAAAAAGAAAAAAAAAUUGACCCAGGAAUGAGCACUACUUUUUAUCCCUCAGUAACAAACCCGGUCCUGGUCUCAAUUGAUAAGUGCGAAGUGAGCCAUUUAAUACAAGGCUGCAUCCAGCUUAGUUGUCAAGUCCUAUUUCCUUCCUAUUCAUUCUCCCAAUUCUAACCUUUCUCUCUAGCUUUGUUUAGCUCCCAAUUGAGAGAGACCAGAAGGAAAUUAUAAUGGGAAGAGGGGUGGGGAAGGAAGUUUAGAAGGAGGUAGAUAAGAUUUCACCAGGCAAGAAUUGAAGAAAACGAAGAAGGAUAAUGGCUCAAAGGGACUCUCCUCAGCUUCCCUGAGCAGCCCUAUCUAAGGAGAAACCAGCUUUCCUGAGCAGCCCUAUUGAAGGAGACACCAAAGAGCAAUUUCCUAGAGCUGCACACAGUAGGCAAUCUUUCAAUACAAAGCUGCACAGAGUAGGCAAUUUUUUAAUACAGAAUUAUUUUCACUCAUAGGUAAAAGUGGCCCAAACAGUAUAUAGGACUCUAACUAUAUCUACUACAAAUUGCAAAUGAAUUUAGCUACAUCUAACAGAACCUGAACUAAAAGUGGCUUAAACAAGACAAGCAUUUCUUUCUUUUUUGGAUAAAGGAAACUGGGGGUAGGUAGUCUAGGAUUAGCAUGGCAACCCAGGAGGCUUUCUGAUUCUUCUGUCUCCCUGCCUCACCAUCCUCAGCAUGUGUCUUCCAUCCUCAGGGUCACCUUGUGGUCUAGGAUGGCAACAGGAGCUCCAUACUUCAUAUCUGCAUUUCUGGAAGGAGCAAAGUAAAAACAAAAGGGCAAAAAAAGGGCCCUUCACAGCUGAGUCAGCACCCUUCUCAUAGUUUCUCAAUGGCCAGAGAGUACAAGGCCAUACCUAGCAACAAGGGAGCUGGGGAAUGUAAUCUUUAUUUCUAGCAACAACGUGCCCAGCUCAGAAUUGAAGAAAGGUUCCCACUUCUGUGUCUUUCAUGAUGUUCCUGCAUUGAGUGAGCACACAAUAAGUACCCAAUACAGUUGUUGAUCCCUUAACAGCAAGAAACAAUUUUACUAUCAAGUUUUUGGGGCAUAGGAAAAAACAUAAAUCAAAGAUCUGUAUUUUAUAAACAUUAGCUUGAAAUGUCAAUAGACACCUAGACUUGACUUUUAGCUAAAUCUACCAAAAACAUAUAUCACAAAUGGUCCAACAUAAGAAAAUAAUCUAGGAAACUAGCAAAGUGGGCUCCCUUUUUAGAAUAAAGAACCUCACUGACCUUAUUUAUUGCUCUAUGUCAAACACUUGCAACAUUGAAUGAAUGAGUUACAGCAACUUUCCAGCCAAUUUGUGGUCUUGAUUUCUUCAUAAUCCAGAUCUCCUGCUUUCAUCUCUGCAUUUUUUAAUACCUACUAUGCUUUGUAUGCUGUUCAGUUCUGUACCACAAUUGCUGCCUCCCGCUUUGAAAUGUCUUAGGCCUGUGAAUUUUGCCUCCCUGAAAAGGUUUCCAGUUCUUUCCACCUUUGCCUCAGCGGAUUGAACUGAAGCUGCAGUUGCUGAUGCUUCUAAAGCCCACAGUUCGGGGGCCCAGCAAACACUGUUGUCUUCUGGCCUUGGCUCAUCCCUAAAAUCUUACUUUUUUCCUUCCACUUUGCACCUUCCAGGCUUUGAGUAGCAUGUACUACUUCAGUAACAGGAUGUUUUGAGAUGCUCUUGGUAAAAUUUCCCUAGCUAGUUCUUAGCAUCCUUAAAGCUGACAUUUCCUUCUUGUGGAAAGUGAGGGAGAUUAGCAAACUACCCACCGUUUUCAAGAAAGGCACUGCCAAUGUCUCUGUGCUUCCUCCAGGAAGAGAGGCUACUCAUCGGCAAAGGCUGCUAAGUGCCUCUCUAUUCAGAACUCCCACUUGCUUGUUCUUUUGAAAUAUAUGUCACUAUAAAUAAUUUAAGAAGAAAUUUGACCCAUAUACCCCAAGAAAUGUUAAGAAAAUUUUAAUUGAUGUCACUAUGGGCUAAUAAUUUUUGCUCUAAAGAAGGUAAUAAAAGCAGCCAGAACAGCCCCUCCCCUUAGCCAGCCCUUUAUUGAAACAGUUGCUGUGGAAACCCUACAGGAGCUUGGCUGUAGGCUGUGGACAAAGCUCUGUGUCUCUACCCUGUUCCUCACCAAAGAAUCAUCUUUCUUUUGAAAUCUAGGACUGGCUGGACCACCAGAUAAUCCCUAUUUUGGUAAAGAGCUCAAACCAUGUAUGGUAACAUCUGACAUUGCUUGGCAUUGUAUUUAAUAGGGGGUAAAGUGAGAGUGAGACCAUUUGGCUGGUCUCGGUCUUUAGGUGCCCUUCUCAUAGCAACAAAAAGUUACCAUUGUGGGCUACUGGGGCUCAGUUCUGUUGGGGACCCUCUAUAUGUGCAAGGGCUGAGAUACUGAGACUUUGGAAAAGCCAAGAGGCCAAAAAAAAAAAAAAUUUGAGAGACUUGAUGAUAGGCACUUGAAGGGAGUAGACUUCAGCCUGCCAAGAACUGUCUACCUCACUUGCAGCUGAAGGUAACACAGGAACAGAUGUGGCAAGGGGUAGCUUUCUGUUGUGAGGACUGCAUUAUGGGUCACCAUACCAGCCUUUUCAUUUCUUUCCUUUUCUCAUUGGGCCUCUUUUAACUACAAGCCUUCAGCUGUUUUAGAAGCUGGCGCUGUUUCCCCUGAAGUUUUUAUAAUUCCUUACUAAUGCCUGGGCAAUAGUGUCCUAUUCACAAACCACAUUCUAAAGGCCUCUUAUUUUCUCACUCUGGUUGUCCUCGUCCUCUGAGUAGGACUGGUCCCCGUAACUAGUGGCUGUCAAUAUUUUUAAGCUUAUAAGUACUCUAGUUUACACAUGGAAAGUGAUCAAUAUAUAUUUGUUGAUGAUUCUACAAUAGUGAAACUCUGACCUUAUAAAUACUGUUAAGCAGAAACUUGUCUAAUCAAGUGAAAUCAACAUUUAUUGCAGUAUUUCAAAGAAAAGACAAGAAAGCUGAUGGGUAGUUACGUAGGAAUUCGAGAAGCUCCUUACACACAAAUGGAGUUUCACUGUUUCCGAUAUCUAAAGAUCUCAUCUUUGUCAGACAGAGGAGGCAUAUCAUUCGUGGGAGUUAGGGUUUAAAAUCAGUGCAAAAAAGGAACUCCAGCAGGAUCUCAAGGCGGUUUUUUUUUUUAAUCAUGUGGGGAGAGAAAAUGUCAGUCAAAAAUAUCCUUAAAAUCUCUUUAUAUUUCAUAAAAAAUAGUAUAUAUAUUUUGUUUUUACAUUGAUAGAACUUUUAUGCACACUACAUUUGAAACUCUCAAACUCUUAGAAGAGUUUAUCUGUAGAUAGUUAAGCAUGCCAACCUUUCUGCUCGUAAGAUUUAACUUUUAAACUCUAAAGCGAAUGAGAGGUAGGUAGUGAAUGCUAAUGUGUUUGUGCUUGCUUACAGGGAUGCUCUAAUCUAUGUCACUGUUACUCCACGGUAUGCUAUUAGAUUUGAAGUGUGCUUCUUGUUAUGAGUUAGCCCAUUAUUUGUGAUAUAUUUUGCAAAUAUUCCAGUUUGUCUUUUUGACUUUGCUUAUAUUUUUGCUACACAAAAGUUUUUUUUUGUUUUUUGUUUUUUGAUAUAGUCUGUUAUUGCAUCUGGAUUUUGAAUUAUAAUUCAGAAGCCUUUCCCCACACCCAGGUUAUAAAGAAAUUCAUCUGUGUUUUCUUUCAGUACUCAUUUGGUUUUGUUCUUUACAUUAAGAUCUCUGAUUCCUUUGGAGUCUAUUCUUGAGUGUAAUGUGAGAUGUAGAUUCAAUUUAAUAUUUUGCCCAGUGGCUAUAUUCUGGUUUUCUUAUUCACAAAACAUUGUUCUCUGCAGUCACACGUCUUUAAGCUCUCUCAUAAGGUGAGUCACUUCUGUAUAUAAUGAAUCAUAUUAGUUAUUUUGUGUGUGUUUGGUUCUAAAGGGUACUGUUUUCUGAAACUGUUUACAGAUUCUGAGGAUGUACCUUAUCUGGAGCCCUAGCGCCUUAUGAAAAGAAUAUUGUAUUUACAAAGCACUUUUCUAAUUGUCCAGACCUGCUCAGGGAUUGUAGAAAUUUUAAAUAAGUUACAGGUAAUGGAGAACCUAACUCACAGAGGCUUAAACGUUUUCCCCUCAUCUCUAUCAAGAAAAUCUGAAAGUUGCUCUUUGAUCAAGACAGAUCUCUUAGAUCUGAGUUCAGUCUCCAUCCUGGUAUAAGUGGAACAUGCAAAGGCACACGUUCUCCUGAGAUUCAACUUAAAUUCAAACUCAGAGAAGAGCCGCAAGAGCAAAUAAGUAAAAAUAAGAUGAUUCCUGUUCUUAGUGAGGAUGCAGUCUUACAGCAGCCUCCAGAUGAAAUGGAACAAAACCAAUCUCUGUUACAAAAAAGUUGUCCAGUGUUCACUGUGUCAUUGCCCCAAGCUGAACUUUCACUGAAUCACCAAAGCAUUCAAGGGCCUACAACUGAAAAUCCUGAAGUUUUGCCACACCCAGCAAAGGAACUAAGUGCCGACAGAGACUCUCCUGAAAUUAGCAUUCUCUCGAGUACUGCUAUUAAAGUAUCUGAAUUGGUUGCUGUAAAGGAGAAAUUGUUAAUAGAGCCACAGAAGAUCUUAGCAGGAUCAAAUACAUUUUCUGAGUUUGGAAAGGAAGUCACAUUGAGUGUGACUUCCGAAGAAACCAAGGAUGAAGAAAGCUCUCUUGAAACGUUUGUAUCUGCCUUAGAAAAGUUACUAACAUCACCAGAAAUCACCCAGGAAGAAAGAUUGUUUGAAAUAAUGAGUGAUUUUGAACCUAGAGAGUUGAUGAACCCAUUGAGCAACUCUCCAAAUUCCACAUCAAUACCUUUGACAUGCCACAGAGAUUUACUGGAAAACACAAAGGAUGAUGCAUUGCCAGCUGAGUUGUUAGCAGCCUUAAACACUUUGUCAGAAGCCAAGGUAGGGCCCAUCUGUCACAGAAAUGAAGGAGGCAGCAGUCUCAGUGCUGAAAGUGAAUGUGUAGGAAUAAAGCCCAACAUUUCUCAGACUGAUGAAGAUUGUACACAAAUAUCAGAGGUGAAUUUUGAGUCUCUUUGUUCUACUCCACCAUUUGAACAAGAUUCCAAGUUAUCCGAGUUGCAGGACAAGCAUCUUUCAGUGCAGCAAGUAAGUACUCUAGAAGACUCAAAUCCACUUGGAAAGCAGACUUUGGUGCAGCAAAAUGCCAUCUCUUGUGAUCCACUAAAUAAUAAAGGAAAUUUAAAUCCAGUGGAAAAUAGCUCUGACCAGGACACUCCAUGUGUAUUAAGGAGAUCAUCCAGAGUUAAAAUAGGCAGAUAUGCAAAGCACACAGAUGACAUGUAUAAGAUGCCAGGAAAGAUUUUACCAAAAAUACUUGGCUGUGAGAAUCAAACAAAUAAUAACUCUUCAACUGAAAAUUUCAGGAUUCAGGAUCCUGCUAUAAUGAUUAAAGGCAAAAGGAAGAAUGUGCAUUCAUCCAGACUUAAGAGUGGAGAACAGAUCUGGAAAAACAGAAAACUUACAAGAAAAAAUGAUAAAAUGAAGAUGAAUAAAAUAUCUCUUUCUAGCAUUAACCGGAGAAAUAUUUUUGGAGAGAACUUACUGUAUAAGGCUGCUCUGUCCAAUGAUGCUGAUCUUGUUCAUCAUUGUAUUAAAAAAGGUGGAAAUGUUAAUCAACCAACUUACGCUGGUUGGACAGCACUUCAUGAAGCUAGUGUAGGAGGAUUUUAUGAGACAGCAAGUGAACUAGUAAAAGGUGGAGCAGAUGUAAAUAUCAAAGGAAUGUACCAGAUCACUCCCCUACAUGAUGCUGUGAUGAAUAGACAUUAUAAGGUGGCAGAGUUACUUCUUUUGAAUGGAGCCGAUCCAUUAUUUAGAAGUGACAAUGGAAAGUGUGCUUUGGAUGAGGCCAAAGAUGCAUGUAUGAAGCGUCUUCUUGAGAGAUAUGUUCAUAAACAUCAAAAACAUCUUGUUUCAGCUCAAAAGAAUAGCAAUGACCCACUAGACAUAGAGGAUGCACACCAGCACAAGAAACGAAAAUUCACUUCUAAAAAUUGCAUUGGAUUUAUUUGUGAUGAAAAUUCCAACAGACAGAAUCCAGAACAUAUAAAAAUUGAUAAAGGAAGCAAAGAAAGUUUGUUUAUAAAGAAAGAAGAUGUAUAUGAACAUUACCAAAGGGAUUUCAAAAACACGAAAUCUGGUAAAUCCAAGCAUCAGCAAUCAGUUCUUAAUCAGAUAUACUCUACAGGAUUCAGAAAGGACAAUCUCCAUAAUGUCAAAAUUCCCAGCACAAAUAUGUCUAAAUACAAAGGAAGAAGAAACACACAACAUAAAAGUACUCAAGUGGAUAAUGCAAUCCAAGAAAGCAAUCCAAGAAAGACAAUAGCCAUCUCUUCUUCCAGAAGAAUAAACAGAUGGAUUAUUCCUCAGCAACGUAUUCUCCAAACCCUUGAUGACCUUCCAGAAGAGUCACGUAAACCUUGUAGCCCAGCUCUGUCAGGCCUGAAAAAUGGAUUCAGUAACAAUAUUGAGGCUUAUUCAGUUCCCAGAGAGAAGCAUACUAAGAGCCUGGAUUUAUCAGAUAAUCAAGAAAUAAAAUUCUUGGAAUUGGAACCCAUUGAUCAAGCCAAAGCUGCUUCUUUAUCAGGACUUUCUUUAUAUAAAGAAAUCGAGCUACCAGUUAUUACUACAGAUCAGCAGCCUAAUACUCACCAAGAACAACAGUAUAUUAGUCUUUGUAAAUCUCAUGAAAACAGUAACUCUGGUGAAAAAGAGAGCUUUAGUAAGUGGGAAACUUUUAAUAAUGAUAAUCAUGGUGAUUGCUGUACCUCUGAGAAGACUGUUACAUCUAAAAAGAUAAUAUGUUCUACAGGUUGCAAAAGCCACUAUAAUUAUAAAGAAAAUUUACCAAAUAGAGAAGAAAUGGAUUUUCAACAGUUUUUACCUUCUGAAGACCAUUUUUCACAGGAAGAUAAGUUAAAAGCAGGCAGCCUAAGCAUACUUCCACAACAAGAAGCUGUUAAUUUUUCUAAUUCAGAUAAUAGAGCAGUUUCUGAACCACAUGUUGCAAAUUAUGAACAAUACAUGUAUGACACUUCUUUUGAUCACCUACAUGGAAAUCCUGAUCAUACUUCUCUGGCUUGUACAAGGACAAUUUCAACACAUGAAGUUCCAGAGUUGAUUAGUCAUGUGGAACAAUUCAAAAGGCCUCUGGAUUGUAGCCCCAAAACACCAACUCCUUUAAUGAAUCAAACAGAUACACAUAUUGUGGAAAAGGUGAAUAAGAAUGAAGGCACUAAUAGGAAUUCCACUGACAAAGGCCAAAAACCAAGAUCUUCAAAUGGGCCUUUAUCCACAGUUGUUCAUUCUCAAGUAAUAAAAACAACUGAAGUUGUAAAAAGGAGACAAAGCCUUCCAAAUGAUGGAAUCAUACAUAAUAUAGAUUUUCAUCCUACUGACAAUGUGAAUAAAGGACUGAUCAGCAUCUCACAACUUAAUCAAAGAGAAGAGAAGGAAAUUUCUCACCAACCAGAUGAGGAAUUAGCUAAUAAUAUCAAUGGAGAUGAAAACAUUAUAAUAAAUUGUGAGGAGGAAAAAGAAAAAACAGAUUCAGAAAUUUGCAUAUCUACUGACAUCCAAGAACACAAAAAAGUUCAGAACUUCAGGAAAAGACAAAAUUUCUUGAAAGCUGCCUGCAGCAAAGAAAAGAAAACAGCUGGGAUCAGUAAGAGGAAUGCCAGAGGGGAAAGCCAGCUUCAUUUGGCUGCCAGAAGAGGAAAUUUGUCUCUGGUGAAAGCUCUAAUAGAAUCUGGAGCAGAUGUGAAUUUGAAAGAUAAUGCAGGUUGGACACCACUGCAUAAGGCAUCUAGUGAAGGAUCUAAGGAUAUAAUUGUAGAGUUGUUAAAAGCUGGUGCUAAUGUUAAUUGUGAAAAUCUGGAUGGAAUUCUGCCUUUACAUGAUGCUGUUGCAAACAAUCAUUUAAAGGUAGCUGAGAUUCUGCUACAACACGGAGCAAACCCUAAUCAAAAGAAUCAAAAACAGAAGACUGCUUUAGAUGAAGCAGAUGAUGAAAAAAUGAAAGAGCUGCUAAAAUCUUAUGGUGCUAUUGAGGCUGAUAAUAGAGAUGAGAGUAAUGCUGUAGUCACUGUGAAAGUCCCUGCUGUCCAGCCCAAAAGACAUAACAAGUGUUUUUGUGAAGACCGCAAAACUGUUGAUUCGCCUUCUCUUUCACACCAAGAUGACACAAGAGAAAGCCUUCCUGUGCAUCAGACCAUCAGUGCCAUUCUACAAGAUAUAGAAGAAAAACAAGAAAAUUUAUUGGAGUUUGAAAUAAGAACCCCUGAAGAUGCAGAACAAUACAUCGAAAAGAUGUUAGAGAUAAAAGAGGUUAUGGAUAAUGUGCUUGCCAAGCAAAAGGCUGAAAGGGACGAUCUGGCUAAAAAAUACAGGGUGUCCAUAGAAUCAUUUAAGCAUGGUGUCCUGAGAGAACAACUUGCUAACUUGGCCACAAGACAGAAGAGCCUUUUAGUAGCGGCAAAAAAACAGAAAAAAAUAAGCCAGAGAAUUCAAAACUAUAAGAAUGUUACAUCUUUAUCUGGUCUUAGUUUGAAGAAGCUGCCAUUCAGCUCCCAGAUCUCUAGUGAAAAGGACAGCCAAGAGUUUACCAGUCUAGAAAAUUCAGUGCAGCCCCAGUCAAGUUCACUUUCUCCUGCUAGCCGUGUUUGUGGAAACAUACAGGAAACACAGUUGUCUCGGGAAAGGUGGAACAACAGCCAAAAUACCAACACUUGUCUAAAUUUAAAGACAGCAAGAAGGGAAGAAUUUUCUGGAAAUGAGCUGAAUUCUAAACAAAAUGUCAGUGACUGUAACUUGGAUGAGUUACCAAAAUCCCGAUCUUCAGAUGGCACUAAGAAGAUUAAAUUACCAUCCCAACCUGUUGCUUUUAUUGCUCAAGCAGAAUGUUCACAAAAAGAAAAUGAUCUUACAGAAACAAUAGCCAACGGAUAUGAAUCCUGUAGUCCUUCAGCACUAACUGGCACAUUAAAUAUUUCAGAAACCACAAGUACACCUGCCCAAAAUGAUGCCCAGACAUCAGCUGUUGUUUGUGGUCAGGCAUUUUCCAACUGUGAUCCAAAAAGAGGAAACAGGAAAACAGCUUCCCAGCAACCACCUAGGAGGGCAUCAGAAACCCUGACCCAUCAAGGGAUUGAUGACUUAGGCUGUAAUACUGGGCAUCAGAUGAAACCAUAUCUUAAAAAAUCAGCUUUUGCUGCUCCACAUGCAAAUGACAGCCAGAGCACCUCUUCCCCUGGGUCUGGCUGUCCACAUAUUACAAAAAAGCCUUCAAACCAGAGCACAGCUUUGAAAAAGAAAUGUAUGCAGAUAAAGGAUCUGAUAGUACUAGGAAGAAUUAACCCAGGAAAUAUUUUGGAAUUCAAAACACAGGAGGCUACCCACAAAGCCAGUGUUUUAUUGAGUGGUAAAAUUAAGGUAGAAAAUGGUCAGAUUUAUCAAAAUCCAGUCACCUGGCUCAAAGAUCUUCUAGGAGGUGAUAGUUAUGUGACCUGGAAUUACGCUUGGAGUAAGAUAACGUAUAUGGGGAAGGAGCUUUUGAAGUAUGUUUCCGAGGAAGUUCCCAUACCUCCAGAACCAAACUUAGUACCUCAGGAACAUCAGCCGUGUCUUCCAGGAACUUCCAGAGAGUCAAUGCAAGGCAUCCCACCUUAUCUACAAAUAAAUGAGAUCCUAUUAGUCAGUGAUCAAGAAUUUCUCCCCUGCCAUAUAAUGGAUCAGCAUUGGAAGUUCUACGUGGAAUGUGAGGAGCUAACAUUCUAAGGCCUUGUUUUCUUAAGAAUUUAUUAGAUAUUUGUUCAUAUUAUUAACUAACAUUCACAUUUCAUGUUCUGUGAUCUGAUGGGCCAAUUUGAACACACACUUAUAACUCUUCAAAUAAAGGCAGUUUUGAAGUAAACCA